AUGCAUCGGCGCGCUCAACUUAUCCUUCUCGCUGCAGUCUUUUCAGCAGGCGGGCUCUCCUCAUCAGUUCCCCACUACGAUGGACGGCAAGUAGGAUAUCGCCAGACGGGCGAGACCUCUGCCAUAUACAAGAAUGCCUCCUAUCACAUUGACGAGAGGGUCGAAGACCUGCUCCAGCGGAUGACCGUGGAAGAGAAAGCCGGACAAAUGUUUCACACUCAGCUGAACAUGCCCUCGAACUAUUCUUUCGUGGAUGGUAGCGCAUCCGAUAUCCUCAUCACCAGAAACUUGAUAUCACAUUUCAACCUAGUUGGUAACAUCCUGGACGCCGGCAAGGUUGCCGAGUACGUGAAUGAGGCCCAAAGGCGAGCCGUUGGCGGUCGUCUUGGGAUACCUAUCACGUUAUCCUCGGACCCGCGACAUUCCUUCACGGACAACAUCGGGACCGGCUUUGAAGCAGGGACAUUCUCACAAUGGCCCGAGAGUUUGGGCCUCGCCGCUAUCCGAGACGCGGAAUUGGUGAGGAAAUUUGCUGAGACAGCACGCGAAGAAUACCUGGCUGUGGGUCUCAGGUCGGCCUUGCAUCCUCAAGUUGAUCUUUCCACCGAACCCCGAUGGGCUCGUAUUGGAAAUACCUGGGGCGAGGACGCCAACCUUACUUCCGAGCUUAUCGUGGCAUAUAUCGAAGGCUUCCAAGGCAAGGAGUUUGGUUCACGCUCUGUGACCACCGUUACGAAGCAUUUCCCCGGUGGUGGACCAAUGGAGAACGGCGAAGACUCGCACUUCACAUACGGAAAGAAUCAGACUUACCCGGGAGACAAUUUGGAGCAUCACCUUAUCCCAUUCAAAGCCGCAAUUGCUGUCGGUGCCAGACAAAUGAUGCCCUACUACUCGAGGCCCAUUGGCACCCAGUAUGAUCCUAUAGGCUUUUCUUUCAACCCGCAAAUUGUCACAGGCCUUCUCAAGGAGGAGCUCGGUUUCGAAGGCAUCGUUGUCACAGACUGGGGUUUGAUCACGGAUACAAAUAUUCUGGGGCAAGAUAUGCCGGCAAGAGCUUGGGGCCUCGAGAACACAACCGAGAUCGAACGUGUUGUGAGAAUCUUGGACGCCGGUUGUGACCAGUUCGGCGGAGAGAACCGAACAGAAUUGAUUGUCCAAGCUGUCGAAGAAGGCCUUAUCUCGGAGGAGCGCCUCGACCAUUCUGUCCGUCGGUUGUUGCGAGAGAAGUUUGUUCUCGGCCUCUUCGACAAUCCGUACGUCGACCCUGAGGCUGCUCAGCGCGUAGUCGGAAAUCCGGACUUCGUCAAACUCGGAAAUGACGCCCAGCGCCGAGCCUACACUCUUCUUACAAAUCGCGACAACGUUCUUCCUAUCACGGACGUAUCUAGGUCCAAGUUCUAUAUUGAGGGUUUCAACUCGACGUACCUGGAGGCGAGGAACUUGACCGUCGUGUCUACUCCUGAAGAAGCCGACUACGCUCUAUUACGGUAUAAUGCUCCCUUCGAACCGCGUCCUGGAGGCUUUGAGGCACGAUAUCACGCGGGCUCGCUCUCUUUCAACACCACGGAGCAGCAACGACAAGCUGGUAUUUACUCGACUGUCCCCAGUAUCGUGGACGUGAAAUUGGAUCGUCCAGCCGUCAUCCCGGAAAUUGCAGAGCAAGCGGCCGCACUUCUCGGCAGUUAUGGUAGUGGUCCAGAAGCAUUCCUGGAUGUCAUAUUUGGCAAGAGUCAACCGGAAGGUCAGCUUCCCUUCGACCUUCCCAGUUCCAUGGAAGCAGUUGAAGCCAACUUUGAAGAUGUCCCCUUUGACACAGAUGCACCGGUGUUCCGAUUCGGAGAUGGUCUUCGUUAUUGA